CCUUGCUGUCAUAGACACUUCGUUAGUGGUCUGUAACAGAUGCAAAACGGAUAUGUCGCAGUGUUUUCUCUCCCGCCGUUCCCUGGGCUCUCAAGUUCUCGUUACCUGGCUCUCAACUCUGUAACGUCGCCUCACCGUUCCUUACUUUGCACCCAGUAUCCUGCCGCCCUCCAACGCUGCUGGCCAGAUGGCGACUCGCAGUAAUCUCCUUAACACCGCGUGCUGCAUGUUUGAAUGAGAGAAGUACGAAAGAGAGGCAACAAGGGGAGACUUUGACAAGUUCAGCUGAUCUGUCAUUCAGUUUUUCUGUCGAAGUGGGAUUGAACGACGGACCAAAUAACUGAAAUCAUGUUUGGAAAGGACUAUUUUUUCUACUGGAGCGGCGUCUGCUAUCGAUGACAGAAACAGGUAGUUAGCUUGUUUUGCACCAUGAGCAACAAGUUGUUUGUUGACGCUGUGGUGGGAAUAGAGCUCUGUGCUGCUGGGAAGCUCCACCGACAGAUUGUGAAAUCUAUCAUGUGAAGGCUUUGGUUGUGGUUUGUGUGUGGGUGUGUGUGUGAGCGAGGGAGGGACGGAGACAGUGUAACAGAGAGCUAAGCUUCGUAGCCUCACCCUAGGGGCACUGGCCUGUAACAUUUUUUCCCUGUAACCCUGGAACCAUGAAACCAUGACAGUCAUCACUUAUUCAAGCGCUGCUGGAAGGUUUCCGAAAAAAAUCCAAGUUCUGGAACAUCCCUCUGCCCUGGGGAAUGUUCCAGAAACCCUGUCCAAGAUUGGAGAACAUCGGACUAUGCUGGACCCCUUGGAGAACCCCACUCUAGAAUAUUGUGGGGUCAAAGGCCAGAGAUGGAUAGAUCAGAGAGACAACGAGGGAGGAGUGGCGGGAGAGAAGGCAAAAAGGAAGAGACAAACAUGGCGCACAGGAGUCAGCCGAGAGAGGAUGGAGAGAAGAUGGAGAGAGGAGCAGUUUGACUUUAAUAGGAACAAAUGCAUCAAGGAAGUUGGAGGAAAAUACAUCGAAGGAGAGGACAGAAAAGGGACAAAUGCGUCGGGUAUUCCUCAUGUUAUGUUAACCAGAAACACUGAAAUCAAGCAAGUGGAAAAAAGCUUGGGGGAAACGAAGAGGUGGUGUGGUUUUUCUUGGCCAUUUUACCUGAAAAACAUCACAGAAAGAGGAAAAGCCACCAUGAAAAGGAUAAGAUGGCAUAAUAUCUUCCUCUGGUUUACUCUCCUCCUCUUCAGCCUGUGUCCAAAACCUGCUUCCUCACAGGGACAUUUCCCACGUAUGGAGAACCUUGCCGCCUUUAAACCCGUGUCCACCUCUCCGCCCCGCUCCACCUGUGGAGUUCCAGAGCGGAGCAGCUACUGUCAGACGCCGUCCUCCCAGCCUGAGCUGACGACAUGUUAUCAGGCCUUCUGUGUCCAGGACUGUCCCUACAGAUCCUCCACACCUCCCUAUGCCCCGCUGCUACUGCCUGCACACAGGGGUUCCUGUGUGACUCAAGACAGAAAUGGCACUCGCCCCGGGACAGAGACGGAGAACAGAACCAAUAACAGUUCAGAGGGAGUUCCUGGUGGAUCCAGUUCUGUGCUGUUUCGGCCCGUCCAGGAUGGAUGUCUGGUGUCCCCCCCCUCACAGAAACUAGGAGCCUUGGGUUCUCUCACCCUGGCAUUGUGGAUCAAACCAAGCUCUUCUGGAGAGAUCUGUCGUUGGCCAUCAGUCUUUUGUUGUAGAGACGAUCAUGGCUGCCAUCAAAGAAGCCAGAUGAAAGGAGGAUUGUUGCUGGAGAAGAGCUCACGGCAGCGGUUGUUUUUUUCUGUGACGGUGUCCGAGCAGGCGGUCAACCUGCACUAUGGCCAGUCCAGCAGUCAGACUCCUCUGACCGCCAGUUUCAGAACCGAGGGGAGGCUCACACCGGAGAGAUGGACACACCUUGUUCUACAGGUUCAUAACAGACAUGUGAGUCUAUUCCUAGAUGGGCUUGAGGAGGAUGGGACCCCGUUUGACACACAGUCUCUGAGCGGCAGGCUCUCUGAUAUCAGCGAGGACGGUGCCAUAUGGGUGGGACUCAGCUCCAACGGGUCUAAUCAGUUCAUUGGCUGGAUGCAGGACUUUAGAUUGUAUCCUGCCACUCUGACCAACAGGGAAAUAGUUGAGGUUUACUCCGGUUUCCUGCCCGAGCUCCAUGCCCAGGCAGAGUGUCGCUGUCCACCCAGUCACCCCAGAGUGCACCCUUUAGUUGAGAGAUACUGCAUUCCCAAUGGUGUUGAGGACACCACCAAUGACAGAGUCCUAAGACUCAACCUAAAUGCCCAUCCACUCAGUUACAUCAAUGAUCAGGACAUGGGCACCACAUGGCUCUCUAAGAUCAUGACUACACAGGAACUGGAUGAAGGACUCACUAUUACCGUGGAUUUGGUGAAUGGACAAUACCAGAUAUUCUAUGUUAUAGUUCAGUUUGGCGGGCUCCUGCCUGAGUCCAUUCUGAUCCAAAGACGGAGGCUUGACAUUGCAGAACUUGAGAGUGGCAUUGCCACAGAACAGCCCUGGUUGGACUGGCAAUAUAUGGCCAACAACUGCAGUGUGUUUGAAAUGCAGAACAAUGGGCCUUUGCUGAGGCCAGACUCAGUCAACUGUCUGCAGCUGUCCAGCGAUUUACCCUUCUCAGGAGGUAACAUCAUAUUCAGCCUGCUGACCCCGGAGCCAAACCUGCGUCCGGGAUAUAACGAUUUCUACAACACCCCUGCUCUGCAGAAGAUGGCACAUGCCACCCAGGUCAGGAUACACCUGAGUGGACAAUCCAACAGCAGGGCAGCGGGGGUGAACCAGAGACACAGAUACUAUGCCAUCAAUGAGAUCACCAUCAGUGGCAGAUGUGAGUGUCACGGCCAUGCAGACCACUGUGAGACCAGUGGGAAGCCCUACCGCUGUCUGUGUCUGCCUGGGAGCCACACAGAGGGAAACAAUUGCCAACGCUGUGCGCCUCUCUACAAUGACAAGCCAUUCAGGUCAGGUGACCAGCUCCAGCCUAUGAACUGCCGGCCUUGUCAGUGUCACGGCCACGCCCUCUCCUGUCACUACGAUGAGGGAGUCGAUGAACAGCCUGAUGAGCACUAUCGAGGAGGAGGAGGGGUCUGUGACCACUGCAUGCACAACACCACAGGUAAAAACUGUGAGCUGUGUAGAAGUGGAUUUUUCUGGCUGGAGGAAUCUGAUCCCACUUCAGGGGAUUUGUGUCAACCUUGCAACUGUAACACUGCUGGAACAGUCAACAGCAGCAAGGAGUGCUCCGAGGCAGGAGGUCAGUGUCAGUGUAAGGUCGCAGUAACAGGUCGUCGGUGUACAGACUGUUUAUCUGGAUGGUACGGUCUUACCGCUUCGAAUCCAAACGGCUGCACCCGCUGUAACUGCAGUGACCUUGGCAUCAUCAACAACGCAACAGAAGGAGAUCACAGUUGCAACCCGUACACAGGACUCUGCCAGUGUAAACUCCAUGUCACAGGUCUUUCCUGUGACCGCUGUGAGUUUGGUUAUUGGAACCUGUCCCACCCAGACGGCUGUGUCCCAUGCGACUGUGACCCCCUGGGCUCCUUCAGCCCGUACUGUGAGCCUGAGGGGGGGCAGUGUGAGUGUAAGCCCGGGGUGGGGGGGCAGCGCUGUGAUUCUUGUGGCAGGGGGUCAUAUGGUUUACGACUGGAGGGAUCCUGUGCCUCCUGCAACUGCUCACAAGAAGGGACCGCACCUGGGACAGACUGUGAUCCUCACACAGGACAGUGUGUGUGUAAGGAACAUGUGGAAGGCCGGCUCUGUGAAGUUUGCCUUCAUGGUUACCAUACAUUGGAGCAGCGAAACUCCCUGGGCUGUCUGCCGUGUGUGUGUGACACCCAUGGCACUGUGCCCGAGAGUGUAUGUGAUAUGUGGACCGGACAAUGCCCGUGCAGAGAAGGGGUGGAGGGAGCAAGGUGUACCAAUUGUGCCCACAACUACUACAACAGAAGUUUACAACUCCAAAAUAGGUUGUCCCAAGGCUGUGUGCCAUGUGUCUGUGACCUCAGAGGGAUAGUGGCGGGGUCAGUAUGUGACAGCACCACAGGGCAGUGUGUUUGUGUCCCUACACGUUAUGGAAAGGACUGCAGUAGCUGCCGACCUGGCUUUUACCUCUCUCCAGAUCAGAGUGUGUGUGCGGAGUGUGACUGCCAUCCUAUGGGAGCAGCGCAGCGGGGUUGUGAGAGGCAGACAGGACAGUGUGUGUGUGUCCAUCCUUCAGUGGGAGGGCGGCGCUGUGACCAGUGUCAUGAGAUGUUCUUUGGAUUCAACCCCGGCCUGGGAAGAUGUGAGCCUUGUGCAUGUGACCCGCUGGGCAGUGCCAAUGGUUCAUGUCAUCCAGACUCUGGGAUGUGUGUGUGUAAGCUGCUGGUAACUGGAGACAAGUGUAAUAAAUGUCAACCUGGAGCGAGUCAUUUCGACCGUGAGAAUCACUUCGGCUGCAGUAAAGAACCCUUCCAGCAGCCGGCACCAGUGGGUGUUGCUCUCAGUUAUUCUUCCAUUCGUCUCUCUUGGCACCCACCUGACUCCCCAAACUCCAACAGACUGAACUACACACUCAUCAGAGAUGGACAGUCAGUGCAUACCAUCCAGAGUCACUAUCCUUUCAGCCCUGAAUCAUUUGAAGACACCGGUUUGUUUCCUUAUAACAACUACUCUUACUGGGUAAUAACAGCUAAUGUGGUGGGUGCCGCCAUAAGUGCAGCAGCAUCAUACCAAACUUUAGGUGCACCCCCUGAAGCAGAACACCUCCAUUUAAACCUUGUGGGACGCGCCGGUCCAACCGCCGCUAGCUUUAACUGGAGCACACCCAGGAAUGAUACAGGCCCAGUGAAGAGGUUUGUGUUAUCCUCACAGGAGUUUGGAGGAGCCGAGCCUGUCGUUCACUACACAGGCUUAUCAACAGAGGCUGUGGUGAGCGGUCUGAAGCCCUUCACCCAGUACACUGUCACGCUGGAGGCUUGCUCUUCUGGGGGGUGCACAUCUACCCAACCACUGUCUCUUCUGACAGCCUCUGCCCCCCCAAGAAACCAACCACCACCCAGAGUCACUGCUACAGGACCUCAUACUCUGAAUGCUUCCUGGGACCCCCCCAGUCAGCCAAAUGGUGUUAUCACGAGGUAUGAGGUCUUUCUACGCGGACCGAUGGAAACACAGAACUCUUCAGGUCCGGCUGAUGAAAAGAGAGUGUUUGUCAGCGCUGGAUGGCUGGAUCUGAGUGAUUCUCCAGAGGCACAGCUAACCAAUAGGAGCACAGUCCCCCCCCCUGAGAGCAGCACCACUGUAGACAAUCUGGAGGCGUUUUCCACCUAUCAGAUGAGAGUCGUGAGCAUCAAUGUGGCAGGAAGUGUCACAUCAGGUUGGACCACAGCACGCACCAUGGAGGGAGUCCCAGAGUGGAUUGCUCCUCCAGAUGUGACCUCCCUGUCCUCCAGCAGCCUUAAAGUUGUGUGGAGCUCUGCUGAGGGUCGAGGGGUCAUUGCCCGCGGACAGGUCACCGAAUAUCGGGUCAACUUACUCACAGAACAGGCCAACAAUCCCUAUGCUCCUCCAGUUAUUAGUCAGGUCUUACACAGGGUGGGCCCAUCGUCACCACCUGUUUAUGUGGUGAAAGGACUGAAUCCUUACCAUGUGUACAACUUCACAGUAACACUCUGCACAAAGACAGGUUGCAUUUCCAGUCUGCCAAGCACAGGACUGACCUUACCAGCAGCUCCAACAGGACUGUCUCCACCCCACUUACAUCCAGUCAAUGAUACCACCAUUCAGAUAGACUGGGACCCCCCAUCCCAACUCAAUGGACCACACCCACUGUAUCAGGUGGAGAGGAUAGAUGUCUCUCUCUCUGACCCACGGGGUCCUGUUGUCAGAGGUACCAGAUUCUCUGGAAACAGUUUCUACCAGUUUCCCAGUGACACCCUUCCUGCCAACACUGACUUCACAGGUGUUGAGUUGAGUUUCAAGACUCAGUCUCCAGACGGCCUGCUGCUCUGUGCCUUCUCUCCAGGAAGUCAGGAAGAGUUCCUCGCUAUUCACCUCAAACAUGGACGUCCCUACUUUUUGUUUGAUCCACAGCCCCAGAUGGGUUGUUGCCUCCGUGUUUGACCCAUGCAACUAGUUCCAGCCUGAAUGUUUCCUGGUCCGCUCCUGCCCACUCCAACGCACCGGGCCCACUCCGUUACAGCCUGCAAAUGAGGACAUCCCCUCAGAGGCCUGGUGUAAGGCUUGUGGAAAACGCAACAGACACCUUUUCCUACCACGUAGAGGGCCUCUCACCGUUCACCCAGUACGUGUUCAGAGUGGUGGUCUCACACACUCAUGGGCAGACAGUCGGGCCCUGGGCCACCCUGCGCACCGCGGAGGACAGUCCAGGACCGGUGGACCCUCCAGCUGUUUCUGAGCUCCAUCCCCGAAGUGUAAUAGUAACCUGGGUUCCUCCCUCCCAACCAAAUGGCAUGAUCACCAAUUACACCUUGUACCUUUACCCGAGCUUCAUCUCUUCUUUAGAUUUCAAACCCAGCUCAGUCUCCAGCACCAGCACGACCCUCAGCUCCACAUCAGGUCUUAACCAGAGCCUAAUGCCCAGCACUGAGGCUGCACAUCUCAACCCAAGUCAUGACAUAAUUUCAACAUCCGUUCCUCCCACCCCAGACUCAAGACCUGUCUCCAUGUCUACCAUCAACACAGGCAGUAAUAACAGCUUAAGCACCAUCCAAGGCACAAGAACAAAACUGAUCCCUAAGCCUUUCUCUAGCAUGAGGCCUGGUAUCACAGAGGAAAACCAAAUCGAGUCCACUGGUGUAAGCAAUACAAGCCAAGGCCCAACUUUCAUCUCCUUCCACCCAAUUCAAACCAAUACAGCCACUGAAAACCAAAGCUCCAGUGUUUCACUCUCACACCCUGAACCCAAUGCCACCAGCUCUGAAAAUAUUCUAAAACAAGACUCAUUCCAAAGCCCUAUUUCCAGUUUAUAUAGUGCAGCAUUAGAUUCAAGUUCAUCCCGUCUGUCAGUCAUUGUUCCCGGGAACACCACCAGCUACACUUUCCUCGACCUGCUGCCAUACCAGACCUACCGCCUCCAGGUGGAGGCCUGCAGCAGUGUGGGUUGUUCAGUGUCUGAGAUGUCUCAGGAAUUUCGUACCCUCCCAGCUCCACCUGAAGGGGUUCCUGCGCCUCACCUUUACUCAGACACCCCCACCUCUGUUCUUUUGUCCUGGGGAGCACCGGAGUCGAACAAUGGACCAUUAGAGCGGUGGCUGAUUGAGCGAAGAGUUGCUGGGACCAAACAAGUCUCCACGGUGGGCCAUCUCCCACCGGACCCUCCACCUCUGUCAUUCCUGGACUCUUCUUCAGCUCUCAGUCCCUGGACCAGCUACCAGUAUCGACUUGUGCUCCACAAUCAGGCUGGCAACACCACCGGGCCCUGGGUCAAUAUCACCACCAGACCUUCUCGUCCAGCCGGACUCAAUCCACCAAGAGUGAAGGUUUUGGGGCCACAGUCACUUCAGGUCACAUGGUCCCCUCCUCUUAUUCCCAACGGAGAAAUCCAUGGCUAUGAGAUCCGCCUCCCAGAACCCCGCAUCUUCCAUGACAGUGGCAAUGCUUCGGCACUCAACAUCACAAUAAAGGACCUUAUUCCAUACACAAACUACAGUAUCACUUUGUUGUCUUGUUCCAAUGGCGGUGGACAUGUAGGGGGAUGUACAGAAAGCCUGCCCAUGCCCGCUACCACAUUACCCACAAUCCCUGAAGGCCUUGAACCCCUGUCUGUGGUGGCAGUGAGUGAGUCCUUCCUGGCUAUUUCCUGGCAACCACCAAGCAGGCCCAAUGGACCUAACAUCAGAUACAAGUUGCUCAGACGUAAAACCCACCAGCCCCUGGCCAUCGCCACGGUCCCCACGGUAACAGCCGUGUCCCCUCCCCCCUCUGAAGAUCUCCAUCGCUGGCUCCAUGUUUACUCCGGCACCAAAUUGUUCUACCAAGAUAAAGGCCUAAGCAGAUUCACCCAUUACCAGUACCAGUUAGAGGUUCAUAAUGACGUGGGCUACUCUUCAGGAGAGAUUGUUGAGGCUGUCACCAUGGCGGGGGUUCCCCACCACCCUCCAUCUCUGUCUGCCCACGCUGUCAAUCACACUGCUGUCCAGGUCGACUGGACACAACCCUCUUUGCAAGACCUACAGGGAGAGGUGGAUUCGUACUUUCUGACAAUAGCAUCUGCACAGUCAAGUCAAAAUGUGUCCUUUCCCCGUGAGAUCGUCUCCACAGUGAUAAGUGAUCUUUGGCCCAGCACCACAUAUGUGUUGUCAAUUCAGGUGUCAAACGGAGCACAUAAUACAACAAAGGCAUCAGUAAACGUCACCACAGAAGAUGGAGAGCCAGAAGGGAUGUCGGCUCCAGAGGUGGUUCCAGUUAACAGCAGCACAGUGCGUGUGCUCUGGUUCCCUCCUCUACAGCCCAAUGGAGCAGUCACUGGUUACUACAUCUACCUGAAUGACCUUCUUCAUGGCAGCGUAGACAACAGCUCAGGAUCCUACCUGCUCGGGGACCUGAUGCCUUUUACUGUCUACAACGUACAGGUAGAGGUGUGUACUGUGUAUGCAUGUGUGCGGAGUAAUGUUACUCAAACCACCACUGUGGAGGACCUGCCUGCCGACCUGGCCACGCCGCACGCACAUGUGAUCAGUCCCAGAGUGGUGAGGUUGGACUGGUCUGGUCCAGUCAGACCCAGUGGGAUCAUGCUGGGCUAUGAUGUCCUAAGACGGACCCUGAGGUCAUGUGCCAUCACGUCAACAGGGGUCACUGCGGGGGAAGGGUCAGGUGGUGUAAAGUUCAGAUGUUCAUACCUGCAGUGUCCUGCCUCUCAUGGUGUGUGUGGGACGUCCUGCUUCCAUCCUGACACUCAGGUUUGCUGCAGUGGAUUAUUGAACACUAAGAAAGCACAUCAUCAAUGCUGCGAGGGCAGUUACCUGACUUUGAGUAAUUCCUCCAGUCCAGUCUGCUGCAAUGGAAAACUGCUCCCAGCUCUCCCUGACCACCAGUGCUGUGGAGGAUACUAUGUUCAUGUAAAAAACAAUGAGAACUGCUGCCCUGACCCCUCGCAGGGCCGGGUCGCUGUGGGGAUGGGUGACAGCUGCUGUGGGGGGGUUCCUUACUCCACAAAAGGCGGUCAGCUCUGCUGUCGUGGGAGCCUCCAUGACGGCUAUGGGGUACGAUGCUGUGGAGGCCAGAUUGUAGAUGAUACACUGGUGUGCUGCGAUGAUGCCCAGAGGGGGGAAGUGCAUAUAUAUACCCCAGGUUUCAUCUGCUGUGGGCAGGAGUAUAUCAACUCUUCAACCUCACUUUGCUGUGUUGGUAAAGACGGAAAUCCCAGCAUGCACCCUGCUGGCAAUGAGACGGUGACACUGCAGUGCUGUGGGUCAAAGGUCAUACAUCAGAAAGAGGAAUGCUGCAAUGGGAUUGGCCAUGACCCUCAACGACACGUGUGUGCUGACAAACCCACACCCGGCCUGCUGAUACAGCACGAGUGUAUGCAGGGCGCCAUUUGUCCUGUAGCCGCAGCCUCUACAGCUUACUGUGGCUCUUGUGACCUCGAUCCAUCUACGACCGCCUGCACAUGGCUCCUGUCUGCUCACACACAGCCUGACACACCCAACGCAACAGACUCACCUUACAUCAACAUCACUCAUGAAGCUCUCUCUCAGGGUCCGUCUACACAUGCAAACAGAAGUCAUAAUACAUUCAAAAUGGCAGACGAGAACCUGCAACUUGAUGGGAGCCUGUGCGCGUCACAUGAGGAAGUUGUGUACAGCGGAGAUGCCAACAGAUACACCUAUACAGACUCAGUCCUGGAGCCCUUCACCACCUAUGAGUACAGAGUGAGGGGCUGGAACAGCUUCGGACGAGGCUCCAGUGAUGUUACAACAGUGAGCACCAGUGAAGACAAACCGUGGGGAGUGGCACCUCCUCGCUGGAGUCGCUUAGGUGAACGAGAUGACAUCAUCCAGUUGCUAUGGCAAGCACCCGCCAGGCCUAAUGGUGACAUCACCCACUAUGUUAUACUGCGGGAUGGACAGGAGCGUUACCGUGGUGAUGAAACCAGUUUUACUGAUGUGGGGGGGAUCAGGCCUUUCCAGGAGUUCAGCUACCAGCUGAGGGUCUGUAACCGGGCCGGUUGUACUGACAGUACACAGGUGGUGGCAGUGACAAUCCAGGGAGUCCCAGAGGGCGUGCAGCCUCCUGUGGUAACAGCUUUAAGCCCUUCCUCCCUCCAUGUAAGCUGGUCUGAAGCGACUCGUCCCAAUGGAAAAAUACAACGCUCCCACCUGAACCAGACUGGUGUAGGAACCAUAUUUACACACAUCAGUGGGCCCAGAAAUUAUACUGUGUUUGGUUUGCAGCCGUACACAGACUACAGUUUUGUGCUGGUGGGCUGCACAGCUGUGGGAUGUGGAGCCAGCUCACCUUCCACAGGACGCACCCUGCAAGCCCCCCCUGCCGAUGUAUGGACAAGCCCCAGACAUCUGAUAAUAAACACAUCUGCAGUGGAGCUGUACUGGGAUCAGCCCCCCCGACCUAAUGGACACAUCUCCCAGUACAGGCUGAACAGAGACGGUCACACUAUUUUUACCGGAGACCACCGUGACCAGAAUUAUACCGACACUGGACUCGUGCCAAACCGAAGGUAUGUGUAUGAGCUGCAGGCCAGCACAGGGGGUGGGACCGGUGUGAGUGACAAAUAUGUUAUUCAAACACCAGUCUCUUGCCCCACUGGGAUCCAACCUCCCCACAAUGUGACAGUGUUGGGCCCCCACUCCGUCUCUCUGGCCUGGACCCCUCCUGCUCAGCUCCACAGCAGUCAGCCUGUAAACUACAACGUCCUGUUAAAUCCAGGAAGUGACAACGCCUUCCUGCAUCAUGCUGGCCCAGACCUUCACCUCACUGUCACGGGUCUACAGCCAUUCACCGCCUUCUACAUCAGAGUGCAGGCCUGUCAGAGUGAUGGGUGUGGAGUUGGAGGGGAAGUGUAUAUUCGUACCUUAGAGACCGCCCCAGAAGGUCUGCUGCCCCCCACUGUGAAGGCAGCUGGAGCCAGUGUCCUGGAGAUCCACUGGUCACCCCCACAACAACCCAACGGAUUCAUCACAUCCUACCAUAUAUACAGGCGUCCAGUAGGAACAGAGGAGGAGCUGCUGGUGUUCAUCUGGUCCAGUGGGCCACUUGAAUUUUUCGAUGCCAGCCCCGCCCUGCGCCCCUUCAGCUUCCUCCAGUACAGGGUCCGCUCCUACAACUCCAAGGGCUCCGUGCUGAGCCAAUGGGCUUUAGCUCAGACUCUACAGGCCGAACCACAAGAUAUGGUCCCUCCCACUGUCACGCCCACUGGCGCAUACUCAGCCCAUCUGAAAUGGAGUGAACCGGGGCAGCCCAACGGUCUCAUUUCCCAUUAUAGACUGGUUUACAAGAAGCACCAACAGGACCCAACGCUCAACUCAACUGCUGUUACUGCUCUCACUGUGGAGGGUUCAGUCUUAGAAGCAACAGUCUAUGGUCUUGAACCGCACACUCAGUAUAGUCUACGAGUGGAAGCUGUGAACGAGGCAGGUAGCGUGUCCAGUCCCUGGGUCUCCAUCAGGACUCUGGAGGCUUCUCCUGCUGGCCUGGCUAACUUCACGGUGGAGCAGAGAGAGCAGGGCAGGGCGUUACUGCUGAGCUGGGAUCAGCCACGUGCUCCAAAUGGAAUUAUCACGAUGUACAACUUGUACAGUGAGGGGAACUUGGAAUUCAGCGGCUUAUCACGCAACUUCCUGUUUCGCCGUUUGGAGCCAUGGACCAUGUAUACUUUGACUCUUGAAGCUUGCACCUUAGCAGGCUGCACACACUCCCCUCCCCAGCAUGUCACCACCGCAGCAGCUCCACCUGCUUCCCAGCCCCCUCCCAGGCCUCUCUUGGUGGGCCCAGACCAUGUGUCCCUUACCUGGGGCCCUCCCUCUCAGACCAAUGGGCCAAUCGGAGAGUAUUCUUUAAUUGGGAGAAGUCUGGAGGAAUUCGGCAGGGAAAGAAGUAAUGAAGACGAUGUUGACAGAGGAAAGGUGCUGUUCAGAGAAUCAUCCCCACAACAUGCUGACAGCUUCUCGUAUACAGUGACUGGUCUGCGUCCCUGGACACGGUACGAGUUCAGCGUCCAGACUCACAACCCUGCCGGACACACCCGCAGCCCCUGGGUAACCGUGACAACCAAACAGGCUUCCCCUCGAGGUCUGGCUCCCCCGACAGCGAGUCACCUCCAAGGCCAGCCCAGUAAGGUGUUGGUUGCCUGGUCUCCCCCUUUGGAGCCCAAUGGGAUACUUCAGUCCUACAGGAUUCAGAGAAACAAUGUCAGCUUCUCCUUUAGUUUUGACCCUACUGUGCUCAGCUACACCGACGAAGACCUCCUGCCAUUUUCAACAUAUAGCUACUCCAUUAUAGCGUGCACGUCUGAGGGGUGCAUCAACAGUCCUCACACAAACAUCACAACUCUGCAGGCUCCACCUGCGACAGUUGAAGCUCCCGCAGUGGACAGCAUCACAUCCAACAGUUUGAACAUUUCCUGGAGUAAACCACUCACACAGAAUGGAGAGGUCACAGAAUAUGUGCUGAAACUGAACAACCAAGAAACGUAUCGUGGGAGAAACCUACAUAAAGUGUUGUCUGAUCUGCAGCCACACACGUCAUAUCAUCUGGUCCUUUCAGCUUGUACCAGCGGUGGGUGCACCAGCAGCGACCGAAAAUCAGUUGUGACUGGGGAGGCUCCUCCCACUGGCUUAAUUCCCCCGACUCUUAAGGUCACUGGUCCAGAGUCAGUGGAGGUUAGCUGGAGACAACCAGAGCACCCUAAUGGCAUCAUCACGGGAUAUGAACUCCGCAGAGAUGGUGAAGUUAUCUAUGUCGGCACAGAGACCCACUACCACGACUUUACACUUCUUCCAAGCGUUGAAUACAGCUACGUUGUGAGGGCCAACAACAGUAAAGGUGCAGCGAGCAGCGCGGCAGCCUCAGCAAAGACUCCCCCGUCAGCUCCUUCUGGGGUCGGUCUGCCCACACUGACACCUCUGGGACCAAGCCAGUUGCGGGUAGAGUGGAGUACUCCGGCCCGUCCCAAUGGAGACAUUUUGAAUUACACCGUGCAUCAGAGAGAUCCAGUCCAUCUCAGCAGCUCCAGCACUGUGUUCACUCCAGAGGACGGGGGCUUCUCUGCUCAACACACCACUCUGCAUGGGCUGGCUCCUUACCACAGGUAUGAGGUGAGGGUGGAGGCGUGCACAGCGCUCGGCUGCUCCGCCAGUGACUGGUCCUCUGUACUCACUCUGGAGGCUCCCCCUGCUGGACAAACAGCGCCACUGUUAGACCUCCAGCCUGACGCACACACAGGCCUGCAGACCACCUUUCUACUCACCUGGUCCCCUCCAGCUCAGCCUAAUGGUAGAGUCCUUCACUACGAGGUGUACCGCAAACUAGACCAUACCACUGAUACCCUGGGAAGUGAAGCAGCGACACUUGUCUACUGGAACGCCUCUACCACCUGCAGAGAUGAAGCACUCCAGCCAUAUACUGUAUAUCAGUAUCAGGUGUGGGCGGUGAAUUCGGCCGGUCGGUCUGCCAGUCCGUGGGCCAAUGGGAGAACAGGACCUGCCCCACCUGAGGGUGUAGGCCCACCUAUUUUCCUUCGUGUUUCAGCGACCUCAGCAGUAGUGAACAUCCGCCCUCCAGCACGACCCAACGGGAUUGUUAGCCUUUACCGAGUGUUCUCAGUGAACCACAACAACCACACUCUGCUUUCAGAGGGGACAUCCCAUCAGCAGACACUCCAUGGUUUACGUCCCUACACCCAGUACUGGGUAGGAGUAGAGGCCUGCACCUGUUAUAAGUGCUGUAGCCAGGGUCCUCUGAGCGAGCUACAGACCCUGGCUGCCCCCCCGGCCCACCAGCCUCCCCCCCGCCCCGUCACCCUGACGACCCGCUCUGUGCAGCUGGAGUGGGACGAGCCUCUGGCACCUCAUGGAGUCAUUGAGAGCUGUGAGCUACAUCUCAGAUCACCUUGCCCGCAGCCCCUCCAGCCUGUACCCCUCCCUUGUGCCGAAGGACCAAUAGAAAUCAGUUUCUUUGGCAAAAGGCGGAGCUACAAUGUGACAGGUCUCCAGCCGUACUCCACCUAUCAGCUGAGAGCUGCCUGCUUCAAUAAAAUGGGCAGCACUGCCUCCAACUGGACGACUGUUACCACACUCAGCGAAGCCCCCCAGUAUGUGUCUCCCUUCUCGGUGGGCAGCAACCUGACAGUCAUCUGUCUGGACUGGACCGAGUCCUUCUCCCUGAACGGGUAUCUGAAGGAGUUCAGUGUGACCGAGAGCCAGCUGAGGGUCUACACCGGCUUCUACAGCUAUCUCCAUGUUCCACGCAUCUCGCAGAAAACUCUGUCAUUUCAGGUGACGUGUACCACAGACAGUGGCAGUGCCAGUACUCCCACCAUCAGAUAUAGCCCUGCCACAGGCCUAGGUCCUGUUGACCCUGAAGACAGCAGCAAAGAAGGCAUCAGCAUGUCAGCAGCACCAGUGUACUCUGAGCUGUGGUUCAUCUUGUUGUUGUCUCUGCUGGGUCUGUUUCUGCUCGCCCUGCUGCUCGGCCUCCUCCUGCAAAGAGCCCUGAGGAAGAAUCCCUCAGCCAGAGAGCGCCCCCCGCUGGUCAUGCUGCAGAAGAACAGGAAGGCUGGAGGAGAGAUGUACACGUUUGACACUGUAGCAGGCUGUGUUGAGAUCAGCAACGUUGUACUUAAAAGCUUCACUGUUUACACUGAGGGUCUGCCAGACACAAAGAUAGUGGGCAGCCCCAUGUCUGUCCUGAGGGUCCCGAGCCAGACAGACCUGGCCUACUCCCAGCAUUCCUUGCACCGCAGCGUCAGUCAGCUGAUCGACAGGAAGUCACUGAUGAUGGAGGAAGGAAGCUGGGACAACCCACUGGGACAUGACUCUGGACUGUAUGUGGAGGAGGAUGAGUUUGUGGACGCCAUCAAAGCCUUAAGAUCUGGGAAAAAGGAGCACACCAUGUUCACUGACACUCAUCUUUAGAAACCCUACAUCUCAUCAGGUAUCACAGUCACCAUUUAAACCAAGUUUUAAACCAAAACAUAAAUCCUAUGCGGUAUCAGCUGAAUACCGGGCUUUAGACAAUGCUUGACAAUGCUUGAAAUAUAUUAAAUAUAAUGUAAGGGAAUUAUUCACCAUUGAUAAACAAUAAUUACUUUUCAUUUGAAGUAUCUCAAUAUUGUGCUUCUACAGUGUUACUAAUAUUUCAAUGAUAAAACAAAGUCACAUUUAGACUCCUGAGGGGUAGGGAUGGUAAUGUUUGCUUUACUUCAUCUUAAACUAUUUUACACAGGUGUUUUACAAAACCGGUGUAGGACUCUCUGUUGGGACUAAUAGUCUGAACUUGAGUGAAGGAAGGGAUCCAACAUCCAUGAAAACAGAUCAGACAUGAACCCCGUCAGCUGAGAUUGUGUAGGUUAUGAGUCAUACAGCUGCAUAGCUUAUGAGUAGCCAUAUCUGGAUUGUAAUUAUACAAUAUCAUAUAUGUUAAAUCCUGCUCCGAGGAACCAGAUUGAGAGUUGUAAAUGAUUGUGUUACUGUGUCUGCUUGCCAACUGUUAGUAUAUUUUAAAGCAGAUUAGUUGUUCUCACUAUUUAAAUCUAAACCAGUCUCAAAUAAUAUCAAAGGUUUCCGUCACCUCUUCUGCUUCAUCACGUUAUUGUGCCUAGCAAUCUUUUAGUUGUAAAAAGACACAUGGCCUUGGUGUUAGUUUUAUGGACAAAAAAAUGCCAACUGUUUUUAUUAUUAUGAAUGUGCUGGGAAUCACAGAUGUGCCGUCAGACUGUUGUUAUUAUGUGAUGUGACUUGAGUGCCCGAUCUGAGAUUUAUUUUUACAGUAUCAGUAGUUGGUUUAAAUUGACAAGAAACGAUAUAGAGAGUUUACAUUUUGUUUAAAUGUAGUGAAGCUGAAUGUGUUUGGUUUCAUAUUUCAUCUGUCAGUGUUAGUCAGAGUCAGUGUUGUUCAUCUGUGGCUUAAUAGUAUUAUCAAGAAUGCAAUCAUCUUCAGAAAGAUCAACAGAUCUCAGCUACUUCCUGUGUUGGUGUUACAGCAGGAACGAACCCUGGGUAUUUGUGGACUCCACAGAUUAAGCCUUUUAAUGUUCAGAAGCUAAACAUGAUAGAAACAGUAUUUAUCAGAAUGUUGAAUUUCUGUGUAACGUUGAUGUCUUAAAUUGAAGCUUUCUGUAUUGUUAUAAUAACAUUUUCCUUUUUUACACUGGCAGUAUUAUUUAUGGUUGUUGUACAAAAAAAAAGGCUUAUUUAUAGAUUAUUCAUUGAUCAAUGUUUGUGUUUUUUGAGAAAUUAUAAAUAAUGGUCAAGAAAAAAAUAAGUUUGACUUGUUUUCUUACAUUUUCUUCACUUGAAAAUUAUUUAAAAUAAGUUGUAAAGUUAACACUGUUCCUCAAAGCAAACCGUUUUCAGCAUGACUGUUUCUCCAUUAGAUUCCUAUAUGUUGUGCUCCUUGUACAUCUAUUCAAUAUCUAUGUACUGUAUCUGUAAAACUUGUGUGUACAUUUUCAAGAAAAGUAUAAUUUCAUCUUUCUUAUUAUGGCAUAAUAACUUGUUCUGUUUUUGAUAGUACAAAAAUGAGGACUAUGAAAAAAUAAUUAAAAGUAGUAAGUGUUUAAAAAGCAGCAGCUCAAAAACCAUCCAUAUUAAAGCUCUUAACUUGAGAGUUAGCAAUAUAUUAAUAAUAUAUCAAUAUUGUCUUAGAUUUUGGAUACAGUCACUUUGUAAUAUAGCAUAACUGUUGUGUGUUCCUGGUUUUAAAGGCUGCCUUACAGUAAUGUAAUUGUAUUGUUGCCAAUACACACUUGGUCAUGAUAUCAACAUUAUUCAUGAUACAUCACUAAUAAAAAACCCAUUAUGUAGAUAUGUGUGUUAAAGAACCAUUAUUAAACCCUACAAUAACUUCA